CCUUUAAAACCAGAUGUGUCAGUGCCGACACAAUUAACCAUGCUGUAUUCAUGUUAUCAUAACUCACCAACCGUUUGCACUAUGAAAAAAAAUCCAGUUGCCCCUGAUAGUAGACAACUUGCACUUUGACAAUAUAUGGCGUAAUACGGUAAUUGCAUGCUUUCCAUCAGCAAAUCACAGCGGCUUUCGGGGAGAGCGGGAAGGACUGAUUUGAAGCAGGAGAUACAGAGUGCGCCAGUUUGAGAGUGCAAAAUAUAAUUAAAAAAACGGACAAAAACAUGGUGAAGAAAGGUUUUACAAAAGAGGAGGCGAUUGAUUUCAUCUUUGAUGACACCUGGGAAGAGGCUGACCAUGACUCUUCGGACCCGGAGUUGAGGAUGCGUAUGCUUCUGGCAUUGAUCCAGACGUGGAUUGGUAAGUGAAGUUUGUUUCUUUCUGAUGAAGUUAUGAGAAAUGUGAGUAAAAUAGUCAUAGACUCCGUGUUUUAGUUCGAAAUACAGUUUCACACACUUUUGUGGUGAAUUGGUGGUGAAAUUGUGAAUUGGGACAGUCUUCGCCGCGCUACAAUCUCACUUCAAAUGAGGCCUUCGUAGGCCGUGACCUUUGAAUUGGGACAGCCUGAUUAUGUAAUAGAGGUUGUUGUUUUUUUUUUGUAUUUGUCUGUUUAAAUAAAAGACAUUUUUUGUUUCAGGUUGCUGUUGUCAAGGUGAAAGCAGUUCAUGUCGGUUCUGCCAAUGAAACUGUUCAAAUCAGGGGAGCUCCAGUGGAAAUGCAAACUUAUUACGUAGCCGAUCACACAGAUUGUAUAAAGCUUCAGUUUUGGGAGCAUUGGUGACUGACUGGGCUUCAAGAGGCAGAUAUGAUGAGGAAGAAGAAGUGAGCUGCCCUGUCGUGGAAAAAUAUAAACAGGAACUUGUGGCUGGAAUGGAUGGAGGGCAGACUAGAGCACAGACCUCACGAUUAUGGGCUAUGGAGACACACACUUGGAGACACUGGUGUAGACGGAUGUUGGGAUGGAACACUGGAAAACACACUGGGGGAAUCACAGGAGAUGAGAUGACACCACCACUGCCCUUUGCUCCCUCUCCACAAGCUGCUCGCACAGGUCCCAUCAAGGCAGGCGGUCUACUUUUUGUCCUGGACCAUUUUCGGUGGACACAGCCCAUGAGGGAUUCCAUUGAUGGCCUUCUGACAAAGUACCAUGGGCAGAAAGACCUUCUCACCCAGGUGGAUGCGGAGUAUGCUGCCCUUGUGCAGGCUGCCUCCAGGGAUCCCAAUAGCCUUUUACACCCCACCAUGAAACAGCAUAUCUCACGUUAUGUGCAACACCUGGCCAAGAUGACAAACACAAGUUCAUCCCUGAACACCAGUUCAGAGGAACUCCUGGAGACCCAGCAGCUGUGGCAUCACCUCACAGAAGGUAGUGAAAUCGUAAGUGUACCAGUGGUAACCCUCCCACCUGCCCCAGUGAACCCACCCAGUAAUAAGCCCCAGGAGUUCCCGCUAACUAAGGAUGAGAUUGAACAAAUGGUGAAAGAGUUUGUGGAGAAGCAGCAGCAACAGCAGCCUGUUGAAAAGAGGACACAGAACUGUCUUGCUUGUGGCCAGCCAAAGUCACGUUACCUUGGUGAUGGCUCCUCCAUUCAUUUUUUUGAUACUUUCAUACUUUUACUGCUCUACAAAGGUAUACCAGAUGUAUGCAGAGGGAAGGCCUCACCAAUCCUCGAAUGCCCUUUGCUGACUUUGCUGAAACACCUUUUUUUAAACAAGAGCUACAGGCCGCAAAGCAGCGUUCUGCAGAGGCAAGACAGGUAAUGGAGGAGCGGAGAAAGAGAAAGGCCAUGGAGCAGCAUCCCACUGGUCGCCUCUGUAGGUUCUGCCACAAGCCACUCAAACAAGGCCCAGAGAGUCCACACAUACAUACUGGGUUCCCGGUGUGGCAGGGAAAUAUGUCUAUUGUCCUGCCAGAGUGUUUUCCCUAUAUCAGACAGAGGGGAUGACUCACGAGAUGACUUGGGCAGAGUUCUGUCAGUCUUCCUUUUAUGAGGCUGAAAGGAAGAGAUGGGCAGCAGAAAAGGGAAAGUGACUGUCCUCAUGUUUCCUGGUUUUGAAUGUAUGUAUUGUAAUUAUUGUAUCAUAAAAAUAUAACUCUGUAUCUUGUUUGUUGGUAUGUUCUUGCCUUAUUUGCCUUUCUGUUUUUUUUUUGUUUGUUUGUUUUACUUUGGAAUACUAUGUUGACUCCAUGCAGGAUUGUAAAAUGUAAAAAAAAGUCUGCUUAACUUUUACUGUUAUAUAUGCAUCAUUUUUUAUUUAUCAGUGGAAUUUUUUUUUACCAUUCUUUCAAAACAUUUUCAAAACACUGUUUUUACAUUUUAUUAGUUUAUUACUUUUGGCACAAUCAUAUUCAUAACUGUACUAUAUACAUGUACAUGGACAGUAUCAUCUGUUUAACUGAAAAAAGUACUGUGUAGCCUCUUUCUAAAAAAGCAUGUUCUUUUUUUGCGUUUUUCCUGUUCUCCACAACUUUAGAUUUUAUUACUAUUAUUAAUUUUGUUUUUGUUGUUGUUUAAUCUAUAAAUGUAAAUUGUUUCAUUUAUUUCCAUUUGUUCAUUAAAAUAUCAAGUAUUGGCC